UUCCUGUCGUUUCGAGAUCCCUCCCUCCCCCCCUUGUCCACCCUUGACCUAUUUUGUGCAGGUUUGAAGAAGAGGACGCUGCUGCUGCUGUCCCCAUGUUUUCGAAGACUGGAGCUGGAAAAGCUGGCGUCGUCUACCCGGCGACUCGGUGCUAAAAACCAGAUACUUUGACUCCGGUAAAAACCGUUUCGAAAAAUCAAAGCUGCGCAAAAUAACGGUCAGGUGGGCGGACCUAGUGAAACGGCAGUAAAGACGCUGACUGACAGACUUUAGUAAAGCUAGUUUUUGUUUAUUCUUUUAACUGGUGGGUCCAACAGGUGAAUGACGGCAACAUCCCGGGAACACAAGGACCACGGAGUGACGAAAUUUUAAAGGAAUGAUGACCCGUCCAAAGUUGGCUGGGACAGCCAAUGUCUCGGUCCUGGUUGUCCUCGUACUGUGCGGCAUAGCGGAGUUAUCUGAGGCCCUUACCUGCACUUACAUUCUCCCUGACUGCGAAGGACCAAACUGCGAAGAGAAAACCGAAUGCGUUCACGGCUACUGCGAUGUUCUCGGACAGUGCCAGUGUGAUUUUUGCUACAAGGGGGAGUCAUGCUCGGACUACGAUGAUCUAUAUAGGCCUAGAUUUCCGAUUCGUGAGGACACUGUCCUUUACACCGUCGGAUCCCCAGAUCCCGUGUACAAGGCCCACGCCGAAGACGAUGACCGCGGACUGACGUGCCCCCUCGACUUCGACGUGGAGUGCCCCUGCGCCCAGAUCACCUACAGCCUCCUGGACAGCUGGAACUCGACGUCGCUCCUGUUUGAGAUCAGCCCGUCGUCCGGGCAUGUGUACGUCAAGGAGGGCAUCGUCCUGGAAGAAGGGAGCUACCACCAGCUGAUGAUCGUGGCAUCGAGUCCACGAGACCCAUCGAACGAGGAUGUGCUGAAGCUGACCAUAAUGGUCCACACGACAGAUUCCAUGGACGAACUUCUGAAGAAGGGGAGUCUUUCGAAAAAAUCACUUGCAGGAAACCGAGAUUUGAUUGAGAAACCUCUUGGUGAUGAUUUGGACGAAGGAGCACCGGAAGGAGCGAUGAAGACCCUCAUCAGGAAGAAGAGAUUGUCUGCAGGCGCUGACAACGACAAGGGCGCAUCGAAGCUGACACUCACCGAGAAGACGACCCCUCCGGCCACCCUUCAGCCUGGAAACAGCAUCGAUUACGAACUGAAGAUCAUCUUGCCCACCCUGUCUACUGCCAUGGACCUCGUCGUCGAGAUCUUCGUCAUGGACGUCGUCAGCGGAGAGACUCCGUUCGCCCUAUGCGUGCCCACGCUCGUUUCGGUCGGUUCCAAGAUAUCAGACUCCAACGGCGCUGCCUUGAACGUGGCUGAUCUGAACAAUGGCGUGAAUAAAGUGAAAAACGCCAAAUUCGGAACUUUCUACGACCGCGCCGUCUUCGACUUCGGGAAGGUGAAGAACUCGGACACCGUUGGAGACGGGACGACCAACACUGCCGACAGCGAAAUCACCAUCACAUUCACUGCAGUCGUCAUCAAGAAUGCAGCCUACCUGAACAACACAGUGACCGUCACGGCAGGAGCCGAGUACGACCAGGAAAAAUACGUGUGGGUCAGCCAGGCGUCUCACCCAGUGAACAUGGCACCCACCGUCGCCUACGACUCACUCGUCACGAUGACUAAGGAAGGAGCUUCUACGUCAGUAGCGCAAUGGGCCGGCGCUACCUUUGUCGUGGACGCUUUUAUUGCUAAUCCGUUCGGUACAGUCUCCUUCGAGGCGUUCACUGGAAAUUUGAUCCACGACAAGUUUACCGUGUCGCAAGUACAAAUGCUGAGCAAAGGCUCGACCUGGUCUUGUACGCUGGACGAGGCCACCACCGUGACCUACAAAAAGAGCGCCACCGGCCGGACCAAUCACCGGGCAGUGAUAGCAAGCCCCCUGAUAUCGAAGAGCCUCGAUUACGGUAAUCUCGCCGACGCUACUGUCAACACAAUAUUUAAGGUGUCUUAUGCGUUCAGCAUCUUCGUGAUGGACGCCUUGCCGGGAGAAACCAUAUCCGUGGCGGCUGGACUGAUUAUAGAUUCCACCAACAUCUGGACAGCUUCCGUCAACCUCACCGUCACGGCUGGAGUUGCUGCUCCCACUUCGACGGCUCCGACCGCCUUCGUAUACGAGCCUGUUAGCUCCACGCUCGUCGCACCGGGAGGGACGGUCACGUACGGUGCGAAACUCACGAUACCGAGUGGCGCUAAUUCCUUGGUGGACUGUUCCAUUCCUGGCGACGCUGCUAAUUACGUGUGUGGUGUCAACUAUGGCGCCGUGGGCAAGAACAUCGCCUACAUUCCAGACCUGACCAAUAUUGUUGUGUACGAUGGGGCGGGAGCAGCAACUUUCCAAGUGAACAUCAACUCCACCGGAGCAGGAGUAAACACCAUAGUAUUUGAGGUGUCAUUGCAUUACCCGACCGGUAGCCCCACAUCCGUCACGAUGACUUGCAACGGGAUGACAAUAUCCCUGGCUGCAACAGCAACGACUGUCCAACCGGGAGACGUGACGGGGGAAACAGCCAGCCUGGUCGCGGGAACGAACCUCAACUGGUAUCUCGGAUCCCAGGGCGGCAUCCUCGUUACUCUGAGGUUCCCAAAAAAUGGUACCCCAUACAAAAAGCUGAUCCUGGAAACCGCCGGCGACCUGGAGGUGACAGGCUGGGGAGCACAAGUGUGCAAGGCUGAGGUAGUCAGUGCAGGCAGAGCCGUGCCUUGCAUUGCAGGUCAGAGCGGUGCAAUCAACGAUGCGGUUGUCCUUCAGAAGGCGAGAACCGAUUCACUCUUCAACGACAGCUUCCAAAUGGACCUCGGGUCAGCUUGUGGCGUCAACAGGCUCAGUGGAUACACUUCAGACUACGAAGUGCGUCUCAGGUUCAUAUAUCAAAUUCCUCUGGGACAAACCUUGCCUGCAAGUACGAACUUCAACGUGAGCGUGGGAGUGAGUCUCGAUGACACACUCAUCUGGACCGGGUGGAAUCCCAUAGUAGCAGCUGCUGGAGCACCGGCCACCGCGGAUGCCAAAGUACCCAUUUUCGUCUUUCUUGACCCUUUGGCCCAGACGGUCGUUCCGGGCGUGCCCACUAUGAUAAAGAUGAACUUGAAACUUCACCCGCAGACAGUGGGUGUUUACAAAAUUAAUGUAGCUACCAGCAACGUUGCCGCCUUACUUAUUUGCAGAGUAUAUAUUCUGGGUGUAGGCAACAACUUCCCUUGCGUGGACCCUGAACCUUAUGGCAAGCAUUUAGACCCUCUGCAAACAACAAAAAUUAUCCACAACCCUGCCAACUGGGGACUGAGCGUUGACAUUGACUUCGGAACAUUGAGGAACAUAGGCCAAGGCACCAUCUUUUCCGACCUCAUCGCUGACGAUGACACCAUCUCCCUGGGGAUCAUGGUGCGCGGGGUGGUUCCUGGUGCUGCAACCCUUACUGCCAUACUCACGAAUACGGGGACAACUACCACAUUACAAAGAGCAUCACGGUUGCUGGUGCUGAUCCUUCUAACAGUCGGCGCCCUGACGGCUUCUGUCGCCGGGACUGACGGCACCAACGCUGCAUUUGACGGGGUCAUGAAGAUGGUGGACAUCAAACUGACCUUCCCAGACGGGUACGGCCAUCUGGUCAAGAUCAAGAUUAUCAAUACCCAACUCCUUGACAUCAGCCUCUGCUUCGGAGGACUCUUCGAGGUUGGGAAGAACCUGCCGUGCGUCGUUCCUCCUCUGACAGUUGCCAUGAAGAAUGCAACACUCGUAGACGAGACGGUAACCAUCGACCUUUUCCAAGUUUGUCACAGCAAGAUUUCGCCACUGGCUGUUGAUAAUCAGCUCAUCGCGCGCUUCGGAGUCAUGUUCAUAGACGGCGGCGCCAGCUCUGCCACUCUCUCCGUCAUCGUCACCCAGGGCACGACGGAUCUAGCGCCCAUUUCUUACACGGUCACGAAAUCGGCGACGGCUUACACGCCCACGCUCGCCACGACUGGCAUGAAACUGGAACUCUUGGACAACACCACCACGACUGUGACCCAGGGUCAGAGGGUGAAGGUCGGUUUUGCCUUUACCACAGCGAAGUUUGCCACGCUGCCCGUUGAGAUUGGCAUCAUGACGCCAUCAGAUGCUGGCCGGGCUUAUGUCACCGUCCACGGAUUCAACUUCCGCGUCGGCGGCGGCAAGAACGUGGGCUGCCUCUUAGACAACUGUCUGCUCUACAAGGCGACGAUCAUCCAGAAUUCGUCCUUCGUCAUCCCGAUGAUCCAUACCUCUCAGACGGACACCCUCGUGGCCAACCUUAAGUACAUCACUAAUCACGGAAUGACCCACUUACAUAAUUGUGCCAAAACCGAGGACGACCAAAUGUGGGUCGAGGCCGACCUCCUCAUCGCGGACCACACCAACUCCACGGCCAGCGGAAACAUCUUCACCAUCAGCUUCGCUGUGAAGGCUGGGAACAUGAUUUUCGUCACUGAAAAAGACCUCGUCCUCUCCCGCACUGGAGCCGAGAAGAUAACGGUUGCCACCGAGCUGGAGGUGACGGAGGACAUCACUCUCCCGUUUAAUCCACUAGCCCAGAUAAGCUUCUCCGGCCGCAUACACCACGACAUGAAUGUCUCUCAAGAGGAGGCCAACAGCGCCAAAUUGAGGCUCUACCUGCCGAAGUACCUGGGCCUCGUCAACAACACCGCCCUCACCAUCCCUCUGGAUCUGUGGGAUUCCAACAUUGCAGGGGUCGUCACCGCCACCAAUUACAUCGAUUUCGACAUCUUGCACUUGUUCUUCACCGAUCAACUUGAGGUAAACUUCACACUGACAGUCGAUCCUACCGGCAUCCUGCCAAAAGGCUUAGGUGUAGUGAACACUACCGUCAUCAUGAGACUAGUGUGUGUCACGAAAAACGAUGCUACCGUCAGAUACUGCAGCAACACUUCCCACGUUAUGUUCCAAAUCAAUGGACCCGAUUGCUUUGAUCCCUUGGGACUGGCCACCAUGCAGGACUGCCAAUUGAGUGCGUCGACUGCCAUCGAUGCCAACACUGCACCUGCUAAGGCAAAGAAAGGGUCUGGAGGAGGUUGGUCACCUGCUGUUCGCACGGGCACUGGUUGGGUGCACUACAUUACUGUAGAUUUCCUCAAAAAGACGAGGGUCACAAAGAUCCAAUUUGAGCCUGUCACUGCAACGAGGAAAGUCACGCAAUUCAAAAUGCAAUAUUCCCACAGUGGGAAAUACUUCUCCGACGCCUGCCCCGACAUCAUAACCGUGGUGAGCAACGUAGCCCAGCUCCCUCUGCAGUGUAGGUUCGAAGCGCGUUUCGGCCGGAUUCUCAUCGUGGCGGCCGACGGGACGGAGGGCCAGGCACCCAUUGGCGUCAGGUUCGAGUGGUACGGGUGUCCCAUCGAGCAAGUCAACUCCACGUGCGAUACGUCAACGACAACUCCGAUGACAGACACGACCAAGGGUUGGCGACAUGUUGCCCACGACUCUGUCAACAACAUUAUCUAUUUUUGCGACUUCAUCCCGAAGAAACAAAGGGUUCAGUGCUACUCUUCUAAAGACGGAGCCGUUUGGAAUGCCUUGCCCAGCUACAUCGGACGCCUGGUCGGCUUCGACGCGGCCACCGGGAAGAUGUACGCCAGGGACCGGAAGGAGCGGGCGAUGGUCUCCAGCAACGACGGCAUUAACUGGGGGAUCAUAGAUUCGGCUGCUGCAGGCCCUCUGGAGACAACCAUUGCCGCUUCGACUGGAAAGGCCUUGCCAGUGCCUGGGAAAGUGGCCGCUAUGCUGAGUCCGGUGGUGUUCGGAGCCUGGUCAGCUGACUACACUGGGAUUUCCCUCAGCGGCGCGUACAAAGCCAAAUGGGCUACCUGCUGCAGCUAAGAGCAUCAUCCUUCCUUCCUUCCCUGCGGCAACCGGUUUUUGACGCGCGAGAGGCCGCCUGCUGACAUAAGGCCAGCUGCAAACAACAAUCUCUCUCUCUCUCUUUUUGACGUAUUUUCAGAACUAAGUCGGUUCAUGUCCCCCACGUAAAGUGACACUCACGUCUAAAGGAUAAUAUUAUACCCUACACUCAGUCAUAUUGUAGUACAUUUAAUAUCAACCACUACUUUCCAUUUCGCUUUUGAAGAUUUCUUGGAAUGUCAAGACUUUAUCAUCCUCGCCUGUCUUUUGGCGAAGUGUUUAAGAAACUUAAGUCCAGAAACACUUGCAUUUUUACAGAAGUUCUUUUGUAGCUGGAUUCCAUAUUAAAUGAGCAAAAGUAGUAUUAACUGCUCAUAAUUAUAUUUAUGUAAUAGUUCACCGUCAAAUAAGCAGUCGGUUAAACGUAGAAGCCAGAUACUAUGAAGAUUUUAACUUCUUGUGGAGAAAGUUUCAAAUUAUUAAAUUUGAAAAUAUAUUUCCAAGUUAUAAUUCUUGUCAGUCAUCGUUUUUUUUACAGUUAACCUGCACUGAUAUACCGGACACAUGUACCGUAUUCAUCUAUAGAAGACGAACAGUAGAUCGCAAUUGUAUUUAUAAUCUUGGUUGUUGUUUGUGAAUCUUAUACAGCAUCAUUCUUUAACCAGUACAAAUAAAUUAUGGCAUAUUUAACAUCUGGUUCUCUCUCUCUCUCUCUCUCUCUCUCUCUCUCUGAAAAUACGUUACAUUUAAGCAUUCUUCAUGUUAUAUUAUUUUUAAAAUACUUGAAAUAUACUGGUUUUUUAUCUUUAGAUGUGAGUAAAGAUGCCAAUUAUUUAUCUAAAGUAUUGCUAACACACUGUGUAAGGUAUUAAAUGUUGUACAUUGUCGUAGAUUAUGCAGUAAUGCGAUUGCUCUCGUGCAAGAUUGAGUACCGGUCAUGCAUUUCAUAGUAUACAAUUCGUUAGGCCAAUGGUAAAUAUAUAUGAACUACACAAUAUACUUUGUAAAGCAUCCACGAAUCGGCAACCACGGAUUUGUUUUUAAUAUUCCGUGCUCGAAAAUAUAACUUCACUGUAGCCAUCAUUAGUAGAUUAACUGUCCAUUUCUGGAAUAGUUUGAUGUGUCUUUUUCUGAAAACUAAAAUCAUCCUAUAUAUAUUCAGGUGCUAACUUAAAAGCAAGAUUAAAAUUGUCACUUACAAGAAUGUCAAGAACUGUAGUGCAAAGAUAUGCAAGUAAGAACAUGUAUUACUUGAACAUGUAUUACGCGUGGUCUACAAUAAAGUUUCAAUGGUUA